AAUACGCGAAGGGGGGCGGGCAACGGCGUAGGCAAAAGUGUAGCGAAGGUUCAGCGCAUUAAAGAGAGCCACGGAGAGGUUAGGGGUCGUCGGGGGGGUAGAGAGAGAGUUCUCAGUGAGGACUCGUGCAGCCUACGCGUCAGGGAGGCGAAACUACUUUCCCCGACAUUGGGAGGAUCGCCCUGGAGGAUCGUCGGAGCUCGCGCCGCCCUCGCACCGAGUGUCCUCGGGGUCAAUUCGGAGCUGGUUCCGCUUGGACCUGUCGACUCCCAACUUGGUCCCCGACUCGCACCCGAGGCUCAGCCGAUUCAAGAUGUCCGAGAAACUCCCGAGUGGUCAACCGCAGCCCAUUGUUAAGAUAGGCCACUAUACACUAGGCCAGACCUUGGGCGUGGGUACAUUUGGCAAAGUGAAAAUUGGGGAGCACGUUUUGACGAAACACAAGGUCGCCGUGAAGAUACUGAACCGUCAGAAGAUCAAGAGUCUGGAUGUCGUGGGCAAAAUUCGCAGAGAGAUACAAAAUCUCAAGCUCUUCAGACAUCCACAUAUCAUUAAGUUAUAUCAGGUCAUAAGUACUCCUACAGAUAUAUUCAUGAUAAUGGAAUACGUCUCGGGUGGAGAGUUGUUCGAUUAUAUCGUUAAGCACGGCAAGCUUAAGGAGUACGAAGCGCGGCGGUUUUUCCAACAGAUCAUAUCGGGCGUCGAUUAUUGUCACCGACACAUGAUAGUGCAUCGUGACUUGAAGCCAGAAAAUCUUCUGUUAGAUCACAAUCUCCACGUGAAAAUCGCGGACUUCGGUCUGUCGAACAUGAUGAUGGACGGCGAGUUCUUGCGUACCUCGUGCGGCUCGCCAAAUUACGCUGCGCCAGAAGUGAUAUCCGGCAAAUUAUACGCCGGCCCCGAAGUCGACAUUUGGUCGUGCGGUGUGAUAUUGUACGCGCUACUCUGCGGCACCUUGCCAUUCGACGACGAGCACGUUCCUACUCUCUUCCGGAAAAUUAAGUCCGGUGUCUUUCCCAUUCCGGAAUACUUGAACAAAACCGUCGUCAGCCUCUUGUGUCACAUGUUACAAGUGGAUCCAAUGAAGAGGGCGACCAUCGAAGACAUUAAAAAACACGAGUGGUUCCAAAAGGAUUUACCAUCGUACUUGUUCCCGUCACCCGUCGAACAAGAUUCAUCUGUUAUCGAUAUAGACGCCGUGAACGAAGUUUGCGAGAAGUUCAACGUGAAAGAGCCGGAGGUGCAUUCCGCGCUGCUGGGCGGCGACCCGCACGAUCAGCUGGCGAUCGCUUAUCACUUAAUCAUAGACAAUAAGAGAAUCGCGGAUGAAGCCGCCAAGGCGGAAUUAAAGGACUUUUAUGUGGCGUCUAGUCCUCCGCCGGUAGCGUUCAGCCCAAACGAGACGAACAGCAGUCCAUUGAGGCCUCAUCCAGAGAGAAUUGCACCAUACCGUGAACGUCAAGGUUCGCAGGGCAGCGCACCCGCACAGACGCAAGGCAGUCGCGGUACGCCUGUGAAGAGGGCGAAGUGGCAUUUAGGAAUUAGGUCGCAAUCCAAACCCAACGAUAUUAUGAAUGAAGUUUAUCGUGCUAUGAAGGCGCUUAAUUUUGAAUGGAAGAUCGUGAAUACAUACAGCGUUCGAGUAAGACAUAAAAACGAAUUGACCGACAGGUAUAGCAAGAUGUCGUUACAAUUGUAUCAAGUUGACCACAAGAGUUAUUUAUUAGACUUCAAAUCCUUGUCUAGCGAAGAAGAAGACAUUGGACGAGAUCCGACAUUACCGCCUCCGCAAGCAACGGGCCAUCACACAAUGGAAUUUUUCGAAAUGUGUGCAGCAUUAAUUACACAAUUAGCACGAUAGCGUGUCUGCUUCUUUUUAAAAAGUUAUAUUAAAUCCUGUUAUAUAUAUAUAUUAUGCUUUUAACAUUGUAUAGUUUGAAAUAAAUGCAAAUGGUAUUGUAAACCUA